UCAGCGGAGAUCGGCUGCCUGCCUGGCAUCCAGUAAUUCGUGGGUUAUCCGCUAGAGCGCUAUGUUUUGAGUUCCAAAGAUCCGUAUAUUCCAUACCGCGUCCGGUUCACCGAUUGCUGUCGAGUUGUAAUCGUGUGUGCUGUCGCCGUCACUCCAUUGCCGUCCCUCAUUUCCGUCGUCGGUCCCUCACACGUUGACACGUCUCUCGUAUUGCCAUGGACGUCAACCUGCUACUUCAGCACUCGCAAUACGCGUUACCCGUGGGUGUCGUGCUUCUAUGCGCGAUCCUCGUCUUCGUCUUUGGUUUCAAAAAGGCUGAUCAACCACCUUUCGCACAGCUCUCGGUGGGCUCCGACGUGGACCGGAAAUUUGCCAGCAAGAAACGCAGCAAGAUCAAAGAAAAGAGAUCUGCUAAUGGCCAAGCUUCAACUGAAAAGGCAAGUCCUGUUAAAAAAACUGUACCGUCAAAAACUGAGAAUACAAAGAAAACUACUCCCAAAGUAGAUGAUGUUGAAGGAAAACUGAAAGAACAAAAACAAGAAGAUAAUAAGGUUAUAGCAAGUAAGAAGGAUAAGGAUCAAGGUGCAGUAAAGGCUGGAAAAGAAAACAAAGUUGAACAAACAAAAAAUAAAAAAAAUUUGAAGAACUUGUUCUUAGAAAAGCCAGUGGACUUUGAUGAAGUAAUCGUUAGAAAUGUAGGGGAUUGGGAACAAGCUUAUUCUAGGAAAGAUAAAAAAAAUAAGAAGAAAGAAGAAGAAUCUCCUUCAAAGAAGAACAAGAAAAAUGUAAAGAAAACUGACUUGAUUAAUGAAGUUGUAGCUAAACAAAAAGACUCUGAGAAAAUUGAAGUUGAAGAUAAAGAUGUCAAGGAAACAGAGAAUAAAGAAAUAAAAGAAAAGGAGGAGAAAGACAUAGUUCUUAUUCCAAUUUCUAAUGAAGAAAUAACUAAGGAAAUAGUGAAUCAACAGGAAGAAGAACAGCCCAAGACUGAAAAAGGGGAGAAAGAAGAAAAGAAAAAUGGAAAAUCUAAGAAGGGUAAAAAAGUUCCUGAGAGUGACAGCACAUCUGCAGCUAUUCCAUCUACACCAAAGGUAGAUAAUAAACUUCAAGAACAGAAAGCACAAAAGAAUGAAGAAAAUAUAGAACAAGUUUCUGAUGAUGUUGAACAAAAAAGUUCUACUGUUAUGCAAGCACAGGAAAAAGGUGGUGUUGUAUUUGAUGAACUAUCAGACCUCUGGACAGAAGCUAAACCACAAAAGAAGAGUAAAAAGAAAGCUCGUAAGGAUAACUGAGAGUAUUUGAAUAUAAUGAAAAUGAUACUCUUUGUGAAGAGGAGCACCAUGAAAAUCCUGCUUAGUCCAAACGACACUUGUCAUUUUGGACUUAUCAGGUGCGUUUUAAGUGACUUACAAAUCAACCACCUGACCAAAUUGUUCCUUUCCUAUGUAUAUAAUGCCAAUUGGACUGGGUUGUUCGAUGGAUUAUGUUUUAUAGAUUUCAUGACUGCAGGUGCAUAAAUGAACGUAUGAAGAAAAAAUCUUUUGUUAUUGAUUUUUUCGGCAUACUGAUGGUCUGCUUUAACAAAGCUGCCUUGCAUUUAACGAAAGAGGCAUAAGUCAUAGUUUUCACAAGAAAAUAAUAAUUGUACACAUGUUACUCUUUCAAAAAUCUUCAGACAUGUCCAUAAUG